AAUCAUAAACAAUUAGUUAUGAAAACACACCAAUCAACAGCUGAAUAAUUUUCCAGUCAUAACGCGCUAGGAAUCAAAGUGAAUUUCAAUUUAAUUGUGACUUGCGUCGAAUGCGAUGGCCUCUGAAAGUUCUGUGGAAAUUUUUCUGGCCAAAAUCGGCCUUCAAACCUACCACACAAGGUUUGAAAGUCAAGGAUAUGACACAGUUUUUGACUUGUGUCUCCUAGAAGAGGAGGACUUGGACCUUUUAAAUAUCAGGGAACCGAGUGACAGGUCUAAAAUCUUAGAAGCUGCUGCUGUGUUAGACAUCGGAGAAUGGUUAAAGCAUCUUGGCCUCGAAUCGGAAGGCUGUUAUUUGGAAAGAUUCAGAACCGAAGGAAUUAACACAAUCAGAGAUCUAAAAAGCAGAGAAUUCACUGAUGAGCUUCUGGAUUCUUUAGAAAUAAUGAUUCCUGGGCACAGAAAAAGAGUAAAGUGGUCAGCAACGUUCCUCAAAUGGCACUUGGCACAAGAACCGGACACCAGACAGGUGGUUCUUGGAUACUGGGGGCAACCCCCAGAAAUUGAAAAUAACGAAUACCCCUUCCUGUGUGUGCCUGGGUAUCUUAAAUCUGACAUUGGAGAUGACGCUCGCUCAUCAGAACUGAUUCAUUUUAUUGUGGACUCUGGUAGUGACGUUGUAACUGUAUCAGAAAGUCUAAUAGCUGAGUUACAGCUGGAAUAUCUACGUAAUAUCGAGAGUAGGGGCGCUCACGCCGCUGUAGAUAAGCCUCUCUACAAUGGUGUUAUCAAACUCGGAACAGAGGAGCUCCGUGUUGAGGUGAUGCCCGAAGUGGUUAACUCUGUUGGCAAUGUCGUGAUGCGACAAUUCAAGCAUUAUAUCAGUCAAAAAUGGCAUCGGUGGCUGAAAGAGGAGAAAUCACUUGAAGAAGAAGAAACAGAUUGACUGCUAUGAAUACUGUGCAAUUAAUCAAUGAAUUAUGAUGUGACACACAAUUGAAUCUCGUCACUAUCAGCAUGGAAUUUUUUAAAAUAAGUGUAUAUAGUUUUUUUCAAACAAAAAAUGCCGCUGAAAUUUUAAUUUCAAAAUGUAUUUAAGUUGUUUUAGUUAAAGUUAUUUCUAGAAAAAAAAUCAUAGGUAUAUUUUUUUAUGGAGAUAUUGUUUAUGAGGGCCCGCCCGAAGAAUGUGAAGUGAUAAAAGUUCAUUGGUCGUUGACAAGGGUUGCACGAAUUCGUGGAGUCAGACUGCAUAAUUUUGUCUCGUUCUGAAAUUUCUGCCAAUUUUCCUGCUAUUAGACACUGCAAUAAAAAUACAGAACAAAUAUAAUGGAGCAGAAAGAGUUAAAAAUAACAUUUAUAAUUUUUAAUUUAAAAUGAUGUCCGAAGUGCAGACAUACAAAUACUGUUCCAUAAUUUAUUCCAUGUUUAUUUUUGAAUUUUUUAUUGCAUAAU